GUGUCUCUUCACCCGCUGUGGGAUGUAGUUUCUCUGCGCAGAAUGGGAGCUUUGUGUGGGUCCAGAGACGCCUCUGUCAGUGUUGUUUAUGGCACAUUUGGCAUUUAGCCUGAAGUGAGUGUCUGUUGCUGUGCCCCAGAGGAAUGCGCUUGUUCUAUUCACGAGGAGAUAAUAUUCCCCCGCAAAGAGAUCUUCAAAUCCCUUCAGUUGUUGUAGUUAGUCAGUUUAAAGGCCGUGUUCACUUUUUAUUUUGUCUACUCAAUAUAAGGCCUUCAGUGUCAUUUUUCAAAAUGUCCACACGGGGGCAGCAGUGAAUGAACCACAGUGCGUGCACUAAAGCGCUUCCGGGUGCUCUCAAGAUGUAAACAUUACACAGUACAAGCAGAGUCCAGACUGCACAGAAAUGUUCCUCCGCACCGUGGCUGUGCGCUGCGGGACAGUGUCCGCUGUGCGCUGCCUGUGCUCCGGCCACAGCGCCUCCCGGAGCCCCGCUGUGUACACCCAGGGCCAGAGCCCAGAGCCGCGCAUCAGGGAGUACUUCUACUACAUCGACCACCAGGGACAGCUUUUUCUUGAUGACACCAAAGUGAAGAACUUUGUCACCUGUUUCAAAGAUAAACAGUUCCUGGUUUUCUUCUUCACUCGGCUGCGGUUGAAUCAGAGUGGACGUUAUGAGGAGGACUUCCCGUUUGUGUCCCCGUGUGGCCGGGAGAGAAACUUCGUGAGGUGUGAUGACCGUCCUAUUGUGUUCACUCAUCUCAUACAGGGAGGACACUCAGAAACAGAGGCUCUGUCCUACUGUGGAGGGGCGGACAAACUCACAGCCGCAUUCCGCCCUGAGGCUCUGUACAUGCACCCAGGCACUGGACGGGUGUACCACCCCUGCUCAGACAGGACGGGGGGGGUGGGACUGGUCCGUUCAGCUCUGGCCAUAGAACUAAGCACCAACUUUGUUUAUGCAACAGAUGAGAGCCAGUCUGGACAACCGUCACACUUUAUAUGGGGCGGUAAAAGGCAUGAACUGACCAAUGAGCUUGCAGGACACUUCCCGUCUGGAGAGGAUGGCUGUGGUCAGCAUGGAGGCGUUGGAUAGGGUCAUGUUGUCCUGUGUGGCCAAAUAUGGUGAUAUAAAACAGAUCAUAUUUUACAAAUCUGUAUAAAGAUUGUGUUUGCUCAUUGUAAUUACUCUCUGGGAUUUACCUGGAUUAAGAUUAAAAUAAAAACUAAAAUUACUGUU